AUGGGGGAUGUCGUGAAUGUGGAGGAGUGGUCAUCCGCGAAUAGCCCAAACGACGAACCUCAGACAGGGCCUAUGGAAACACAGGACAUCGGUCAGACUGAAGUCCGGACUUCAGUUUGUACACAGUGCAUUAAGAACAUCACUGACGAGGCCCUUGUCGACGCCCUGGAUAAAGCGAACGGGGAACAACUGACCCGGUUGGCCGUGCCACGGUUGGGAAGCCGACUCUCUCUGUGGCAGCUCCUGACACUGCAUUGUAAGGUCGGCGAGACCCCCGAUGCUGUCAUUACACUGUUGUUAGAGGAGUUCGUAAACUUUGUGAAAUACGUGCAGGACUUCUUACGACGACAGCUCGACCGCAGUGAAUUGGAGUCGCCGACGUUUUCUGCGCACGAGGGCCUAUGGGGGCAGCAAAAGACCGUUCCAUCGUACUUCGACUCCUCUCGGAUGCAGAAAAGUGUGUUUCCUCCUCCUUUCCCCCCCUCGGAUAACGUUUGCUUGAACCUCGUGUUGUUAAUCUACUAA